CACGACACGAAACCACGAAACGAAUCAACACUUCGCUGCAUAAACUGCGGCUGAUUUCCGUUAUCACGGAUAUUAAUUGAUUAUUACAGUUAUGUGAUAAUUUAUGCCUCAUUGCUGUGUCGGACUGCGGGCAGCAAUGUUGUGUUGUCGCGAGCGAGUGAUAUGCCACGAUUCUUCUGGUUUCUGAGGAGGCGAUUCAGGAUGCCCGUCGCUGAGCCUGGGGACCAGUACUCGAUAUGGGUGGGCCUGAUAUACAUCUUCAACUUGAUAGUGGGCACAGGGGCGCUGACACUGCCGGCCGCCUUCGCCCGCGCGGGAUGGGGCCUCAGCACCAUAUCCCUGGUGUUCCUGGCCUUCCUCAGCUUCAUGAAUGCCACCUACGUCAUAGAGACCAUGGCCUGCGCCAAUGCCGUCUUCAAAUGGAAGAGAUUGCAGACUAUCAAGAGAGACAGUAUUCAAAACCAUGAGGGAGAUUCAGAAGAUGACCUUCAGGAUGAGAGGCCACAUCACUCCAACUCCAUUGGUGACCUGGAAGAGCCCCUGGUUUGCGGAGAGUCCAUCCCAUCCCGCUACUACAGUCUAGACCGCCGAGUGGAACUUGGAGAGAUGGCCAAUCUGUUUCUAAACCACACCGGCCGCAAUAUGUUCUACAUUACACUCUGUGUGUAUCUCUACGGUGACCUCUCUAUUUACUCAGCUGCUGUUGCCAAGUCGGUUAUGGAUGUUGUUUGCUCAACAGUCCCAUCCAACUACACCAACUCAUCGGACUGGGACUCGCUGCCAUGUUUUAACACGUCUACGUCAGCACCUGGAGUCUACACGCGCCUGGACUGCUAUCAUACGGCACUGCUCACCUUCUUCUCAGUGAUGGGGCCUUUCGUCUUCUUCAAUGUGCAGAAGACCAAGUAUUUGCAGCUAUUUACUUCGGGGAUGAGGUGGCUUGCGUUCGCGAUAAUGAUAACUAUGGCCAUCCAUCUGUUGAUCGGCAGCGGGCCGCAGGGCAAGCCGCCCUCAUUUGACGUGACCGGUCUUCCCACGCUGUUCGGGGCUUGCGUCUACUCCUUCAUGUGCCACCACUCGCUGCCCGGCCUCAUCAGCCCCAUCCGCGGCAAGGCGCGCCUCGGCACCCAUCUCGCCCUAGACUACUCACUCAUCACCAUCUUCUAUCUCCUUCUAGCCUUCACUGGCGCCUUCGCGUUCGCCAACCUCAACGAUCUCUACACACUUAACUUCGUCCCGACAGACAACGAAAAUGUAUUCUUAGAAAUAGUCGAGUACUUCCUAGCUCUGUUCCCUGUGUUCACACUGUCCACUAGUUUCCCUAUUAUAGCGAUAACGUUAAGAAAUAACCUGCAAAGCAUGUUUUUGGAUACGAGUCGCGUGGAGUCGUAUAAUUUUGUUUUGAGGAAGCUUCUGUUUCCUGUGGUAGCGGUGGUUCCACCGUUGCUGCUGACGUAUUUUCUAGAAGAUAUUAGUAUGUUGAUAAGGUUCACGGGGUCGUAUGCUGGGACGGGUAUUCAGUACCUGAUUCCUACGUUUCUGGUGCUGUCUGCGCGGCGCCACUGUGCCGGCCUGCUGGGGCUCGGCGUCGUCAACAAGUAUAAGAGCCCCUUCUCUAACAUCGCGUGGGCGGUGUUCGUAUUGUUGUGGUCUUUCAUGUGUAUUAUUCUUGUAUCCGUGAACAUGUUUGAGAAGUCAUGACGGUAGCAUUCCUCUCUUUAUUAGCUAGUUUUUGUCGCUAUUUUUCAAUGUAAGGAUACCUAGUUAUCUCAUGCUUUCAUAGUCUAAAACUAAGUUCAGAGAGUAAGAGUAUGUGUUAUAUGUGUAUAAACGUUACAUUUAUAUGAAAUGAGAAUGCGCUUUAAAAUAUUAAUUCCUUUUGUCGUAUAAAAUUAAAUACUUUCUUGUUUAUAUGUAAUGAUAUGUAAGUGUGGUCAAACUACAUAAUAUUGUGCUUAAUUGUGUGUAUUUUUAUAUCGUUAAAGAAUUUAAGAGUAACUUACUAAUUACUAUAUCUCUCUUUUGAAUAUAAAAGACGAAAAUUCAUAAAUAAUUAAAGUUCAUCUGACUACAGCAGCUCAAAACAGGUCUUCCGUUUGUCGUUUCAUGAAUACAGAAGUAAUUCAAGUACUUAAUGGCAAAUAGAUGCAUUUAUGUAACGAAUAAUAUUUAUUUUAGGUUUUAUUGGUACUUUUAAUUGUACUGUGAUAAAAUGUAUGAUUGAAAACAUAAUUAAAUUACUUAUAAUCAUGUUUUAAAUAACAUUGAAGGACUGAUUUAUUAAUUUGAAAUGUAAAUAUAUUUUUUAUAUAUUAAAUAAACUUAAAAUCAGUGAAAUACAUAA